UCAUAUUCUGUAAUGAUGCAGAUACAGGCUAAUAAACCGGCGGUGAACUGUACGGUGGCCGGAGGUUUGAGUCCACUGAGUGAAAAAUUGUGGAGAGAGAAAACCAAAGCCGAGUUCGUCGGAGACGUAUCCGCUAGGCUUACAUGGAAGGACCUGACGGUAAUGGUGACUCUCAGCAACGGGAACACCCAGAAGGUUUUGGAAGGGCUCACCGGCUACGCCGAGCCAGGCACUCUCACCGCCUUAAUGGGACCUUCCGGCUCCGGGAAGUCCACGCUUCUCGAUGCCCUCUCCGGUCGUCUGGCCGCCAACGCUUUUCUCUCCGGGACCAUUCUUCUCAAUGGUCGUAAAACCAAGCUUUCUUUCGGAACAGCCGCCUACGUGACUCAAGAUGACAACUUGAUCGGCACGCUUACUGUUCGUGAAACGAUUUCCUACUCCGCUCGACUCCGGCUCCCUGAUAACAUGCCUUGGUCGGAGAAACGGGUGCUCGUCGAAAGCACGAUCAUCGAGAUGGGGCUCCAAGAUUGCGCUGAUACUGUUGUGGGGAACUGGCAUUUGCGUGGUAUCAGCGGAGGAGAAAAGAGGAGAGUCAGCAUUGCUCUUGAAAUCUUGAUGAGGCCCAGAUUGCUCUUCCUUGAUGAACCAACCAGUGGACUUGACAGUGCUUCUGCAUUUUUUGUAACCCAGACUUUACGUGGCCUGUCAAGAGACGGUAGAACCGUGAUAGCCUCGGUUCAUCAGCCCAGCAGUGAAGUGUUCGAGCUAUUUGAUCAGUUAUACUUGCUCUAUGAUGGCAAAACCAUUUAUUUCGGCAAGGCUUCUGAAGCAUACGAGUUCUUUGCACAAGCUGGAUUUCCAUGCCCUGCAUUGAGAAAUCCAUCAGAUCAUUUUCUCAGAUGCAUCAACUCUGACUUCGAUAAAGUUAAGUCUACUCUAAAAGGAUCAAUGAAAUUAAGGUUUGAGGCAAGUGAUGAUCCGCUGGAGAAGAUAACGACCGCUGAAGCUAUCCGAUCUCUUAUUAGUUUCUAUCGCACAUCGCAGCAAUGUUAUGCAGCAAAAGAAAAGGUCGACGAGAUAUCCAAAGUUAAAGGAACCGUGCUAGAUUCCGGGGGCAGUCAAGCUAGUUUCUUGAUGCAGUCUUAUAUGUUAACCAAGCGUUCGCUCGUGAACAUGUCUCGGGACUUCGGGUAUUAUUGGCUAAGGCUGCUGAUAUAUUUUGUAGUCACCAUUUGCAUUGGAACCAUUUAUUUCAAUGUUGGAACUAGCUACAAUGCCAUCUUGGUAUUCCUGCUAUUUAUCUCUCAGAAAAACACUAGUUCAAAAGUUUUAUUUGGAAGUAUCAUGUUUAAGAUUGUAUAUCUUGUGGAACAGGCAAGGGGAUCAUGUGCUUCUUUCGUGUUCGGAUUUGUCACGUUCAUGUCGAUCGGUGGGUUCCCUUCCUUUGUAGAGGACAUGAAGGUUUUCCAGAGGGAGAGGUUAAAUGGGCACUAUGGUGUAACUGCAUUUGUAAUAGGGAACACACUCUCUGCUAUGCCAUUCCUCGUUAUGAUAACCUUCAUCUCUGGGACUAUUUGUUACUUCAUGGUCCAUCUUCACCCAGGAUUUCAGCAUUAUUUGUUCUUCGUGUUGUGCCUUUACGCAAGUGUUACGGUGGUCGAGAGCUUGAUGAUGGCGAUUGCCAGUAUCGUCCCCAAUUUCCUCAUGGGGAUCAUCAUAGGAGCAGGGAUUCAGGGAAUAUUCAUGCUUGUUUCUGGCUUCUUCAGGCUCCCAAAUGACAUCCCAAAACCAGUGUGGCGUUACCCAAUGUCAUACAUCAGCUUCCAUUUCUGGGCUUUACAGGGACAAUACCAAAAUGAUCUGAGGGGCUUGUUGUUUGAUAACCAAUCACCAGAUCUUCCCAAGAUUCCUGGGGAAUACAUCCUGGAAAACGUGUUCCAAAUCAACGUGGGACGGUCGAAAUGGAUCAAUCUGAGCGUGAUAUUCAGCAUGAUCGUAAUCUACCGCAUCGUGUUCUUCUUGAUGAUAAAGAUCAGCGAGGAUAUUACCCCUUGGAUCAGGGGUUUUGUGGCUAGGAGAAGGUUGCAACAGAAGAAUGCAACUCUAAAUAUGAUGGUCGCGCCUUACCGUCUCUCGCAAUCUCCUUCGUUGAGGACUUACGUCGGAAAUCGAGCGAAUGGAACAGCUAGAAGGUAGAGACAUGGUGUUGAU